GGCUUGGCCUUUGGUCCAGAAGGAUUUGCAAUCAGCCCUUUGGGGCUCUUCCUGUACCAGAUCUCCCGGAGCCAUUGCUGCCAUGCUUCUCUUGAUUGAAUGGCAUCCCAAGUCUAUAAACAAUCCUCUCAGCUUCAGUGGCGUGGACGACACAGACGCAACCAGCUGGACGAACUCGCGGACCUUGCAACCAGGGAGCACCCCCGAGUCACUGACGUCGUCGACCAGUCAACAACGACAUAGCAUGGCAGGGCUGCUGGACGAGCUCAACAUUGUGGCACCGGCCCACCGCAGCAUGAAAAUGUCAAGGAUGCUCCUUUGCAACGCUACCGGAAUUGCACAGGACGGAUGCUGCUUUGAAUUGGACUCACCAAGCUACGCCACGCCUACCUCGUCGUCUAGCGAUGAGUCUCUCAAGCAGCAGUGGAACCAGCUUCUUUGCGUAUUCCUCUACCUAGCAGAUGAGACGCUUGCUACGCGCCUUGGUCUUGAUACGUUGUUAGCAGAGAAGGCAACGGAUGCCGUGCGAAGUCGAUUCUCAAUCACAUUUGCGAAUGAUCUACCGGACGGUGCCCUGUGGGAGAGCUACUACGAGCUGAGUCUAGAGCUCGGAAAAGCUAGAGACUUGCUCAAGUCCACCAGACAUCGCAACGACGCGCCCGAUGUUGCAAAAUUGCUGCCGGAGCUUCAACACGUCGACAGAGCGCUCCAUCGCUGGAAAAGCCAACAUUCAUAUGCCGAGUCAACUGAUUCGACACUUCUGAAAGCCUGUGUAGAUAUAGAAUGUGACUAUUCUGUCAUGUACUGUUUCGCGCCCGCAGUCCAGGCCGCAACAAAUUAUGGCGCGGCGAAAAACAACGCCUCAACUAAGGAGAAUGCAACAGGGGACCAACUAGAGCUUUCUGUCUUUGCCAGCAAAGCCACUGAAGCGAGCCGCCAAAUCCUGACAACCGUGGUGGAAAUUCUGCUACCUGCGGGACUGGUCUCUUAUUUGCCUAUACGUUGCUGGCUAUGCAUCUUCGCAGCGUACUUGCAUCUAUUAAAGACGACGCUGUUGGCAAAUCCGAGCCUGAAUCACUCGGAUCGCGAGAUCCAACUAUUUCGAGACUCUAUUGCCGCUAUUCGACAGGGCUCUCCGGAUGAUUCGCACAUGGCUGUACGUCAUGCGAAAUUCUUGGAAAUCCUGCGCAACGCGUCCUUGCAUUCCUCACGAGUUGGAAGUCCUGCAAGUACGAGAGACACACACGGGGAGAACCCAGUGACUACUGGGGUAGCCGAAGAUGAGGAUGCGUUCCCGGUAUCAUUUUUCUCGGCUUUGGACUUUCCUGCGCCAGCUUUCGGCAACGCACUGGAAGAAUUAGGUGGACUAGCGGACUGGGCCGACGGCUCCUUUGGUUGGUUGAGAGGAUAAUCGUGGAGUGUUCGGCGAUCAUGUACCUGAAUCAAACACUAAUACCCUAUUAGUAACUAAUCGUCAUGCUCUAGACACUAUCGGUAACUGUGGCUGCCAUUCCUGAAUUCUAACCCAGAAUCAGGACCUGGACAUUUCUGGCAGCAUGCUUACCUGCAUACCCUGUAGAGCAAAUAUUUAAGCAAGCGGUGCUGAAAUACUGC